ACCGGAAGCUCCGUAGUACGUAGUACGUGUUCUACGAACCGGACGCGAAAAAACGAACGACCAUUCGUUACCGGAUUGGCAGUUAAACGAUAGAUAUCACGCGACUUUCAUCUGGCGUUGUCACAGAUCGGGAAAUAUAUUUUAUUAUAAUACUAUGUCAGUGAUCGACGGCGGCGGUUACGCGGACGACCAACAACAUCAGCAACAACUCCAACAGCAGCAGCAGCAGCAUCGACAACAACAGCAUCAGCAGCAACAGCACCGUCGGCACCAACACCACCACCAGCAGCAGCAACAACAACAACAACAACAACAACGACUGCAAGCGGCGACGGUGGACGAACGUGGCGGCGGUGGUGGCCGGCAGCGUCAUUCGGAAAAUGUCGCCGAACAGACGGACAUGGCCGAGACCGGUACGAGGGCCACCGACGUCGUAGUCGUCACCGCCGCCGACGCGGUGAAAGAAAACCGCAACGGACCGCCGCCGUCGUCGUCGUCGUCGUCGGACGUCUCCGUGUCGGCCGCCACGUACGCCACGGCCGCAGCCGAACACGUAGCGUCGUCUCAAGUACAAGUGUCCUCCAUACCCGUCGGGCAGCUCAUUAACGUGUCGGGCGCUGGCACGUUUAACGUUAUUACCGCCGACUCGUUGCAGCUUUCGGAAUCAAAUGAUUUCAAACCUCUAUUGUGCGUGGAUAACAGUUGUUUAAAUUGUGAUACACGCACUCAAGUUGAUGGUGAUACCUGGCGAACUGUAGUUCGAGCCGAAGAUGGCACUUUCAAAACUGCUCAUAUUGUACUUAGACCAGAUAACUCGACCUCUAAUAAUGUUCACGAAGAAGAGACUGAUCAAGGUGUAUCAUCCCCAAAUACAGCACCUUGUUAUUCAUAUACCGAAGCUGCCAGGUUGCCAGUAUUACCAGUCCGAUGCAAAACUACCAACGCAGAGCUGCAUAAAAAAAAAUUUGGUUCUGGCUGUCGAGGCAAGUGUAUUAAGUUUGGAAACCAAUGGUACACACCUAGUGAGUUUGAAGCCCUUUGUGGGAGGGCUUCUAGUAAGGACUGGAAAAGAAGUAUACGAUUUGGUGGUCGUAGUUUGCAAACAUUAAUAUACGAUGGAGUUUUAUUACCACAUGCUAUGAGUUGUACAUGUGCAGCCUGUUGUGAUGACGAAUCUGCUACUGGCCCUGUACGACUGUUUACUCCAUACAAACGAAUACGCACCAAAAAACAUUCGUCUAGUCAUUCAAAAAAGAAAAAGAUUGAAGAUGGUACAACUCUUAGUAAUGACGAAGAUAGUUGUGAUAGCAGUGUUGGUAUAUCAUUAGACAAUGUUGAUAUCGAUAUAAAAGAUGAAGAACCAAUACUUCUACAGACGGGUGAUAUUUCUCAAGCUGAAAUUGUUCAAUCAAAUGAUUCAAUAGAAGAUAUGUUUAAAAAGUUAGAAAAUAUGUCAUCGAGAAUGAUUAAAAUGGUUCACCAUUUUCGUAACUCUAUGCGUGUUGCUAAGUACAAAUGGAGUACGGAAAAACAGGAGUUGUUAGCAGAACUUAAGAGGGCCAAAGAGAAUUCUAUAGAAAAUAGGAAUGAUUUUGACGUGGAGACAAUUUCAAGUGUGGCAGCAGGAUUACAGCCAAGUAAUGAUGAUAUACCAGAUGUUAAAAAGUGUGCUAAUUGCAAUAGAGAUGCAUUUGCAGAAUGUUCAUUGUGUCGACGUACGCCAUAUUGCUCUACGUUUUGUCAAAGUAAAGACUGGAACAAUCAUCAAGUGGAAUGUGAUAACUCGCAGGGGAGCAUUAUGCUUAUUGUACAAACUCAAGAAUGAAUCAUAUUUUAUAUUCUUUGAGUUAUUUCUAAUCAGUUUUCCAAUUCCUAAUAUAUUUUUUUUUUUUAACGAGUAACAGUUUAGAUUAGUAAUUUUAACCUUUAUCAUAGAGUGGAAUGUUUGUUAAAGAUAAGUGAAUGUUAUGAUUUCUCAACAAAAAUUGUUUUAAGUUACAAAUGUAUUCAUAUUUUUUAUUUUAAAACUGAUGUAAAUACAAUAUCAAGUGGAAUGAUUA